GACACGUUAGUCGAAUUAUUAUUUUUGUGUCGGGACAAUGAAGAAAUUAUUAGUAUUAACAUCCGUUCUGGUAUGUGCCUAUGCUCUUCCACCUUACGAAGAACGAAUCAAUAAUAGUGAUGAUCCACAAAAUUACAAAAAUAUUGAAAUAUUGCUGCUGGAAAGUGCUGUCGAUCAAGAUGGGGGAUAUUCAUUCAGUUUCGAAAAUGACGAUGGUUCAAGAGUUACUCAAGAAGGACAACAUAAAAUAAUCGAUGACGAUCAUACUGUCGAACGUAUUCAUGGUGCAUAUAGUUACAAUGAUGUCAACGGGCAACCAGUUAGUUUGACAUACACGGCGGAUGAAAAUGGUUUUCGGCCUGUAGGUGCACAUCUUCCCACCCCACCGCCCAUACCAUUGGAAAUUUUACGCAGUUUGAAAUAUUUAGCCACAGCCAAACCAUUUGUUGAUGAUCAACUGUACGAUUAUAAGCCGAAAAAGAAAGUAUUCAGAGGUAGACAAUAUAGCACUCUAAAUGCUGUCCAACGAUCUAGAAACAAUCUUCGAUCGAAUAGCUUUAACGCACCAUUGGGUGAUGGAACGCCUAGCGAAGUUUUAUUGAGAUCAGUGGAGGAUAAACAUGAUACAAAACCAGAGACGACAUCGGAAACAAUUCCUGAAGUGUCCUCAGAAACACCUGUGGAAACAAGUUCGGAAUCAGUGCAAACGACUACAGAUGGUGACGAAAAACCGGCAGUUGAAUCAGCGGUGGAUAUAGUUAACGAAUCGAAGAAAAAGAUCAAUGAUGCAUUAAAGGAGUCAAUAGAAAAAACUUCUCAAAUUACUCAAUCAGCAACGAAAGAAACUGCUUCGGCUGCUAUUGCUGCAAUUAGAGGCGAAGUGCAGAAAUUGAAUGACAGUGUUAAAUCGCAAGUAACUAAAAUUAAUGACAAGAUAUCGGGAGCAAAAACUGAAAUUGAUAAGCAAGUCUCAGAGUCGGCAAAACAAUCCAGAGGCAUAAUCGAGAAAUACACUGGCGUUGCAUCCGAUGCUGUUUCGGCUGCAGAUCAAGCUUUAGUUGAUAUAGCACCAACAGAUAAAACCCUGUAUGAUAUUGGUGUUCGUAAUUUGUAAUUUGUUAUUCGUUUAGCCAUAUGUUAUUGAAAGUAGUAUUUAACUGAGACUUACAAGAGAGCCAGUGAAUUAAUUUUGAAAUCUUUAUGCAUAUAUUCUCGUGUAUGUUGAUCGGAAUUAUAUUGCAAUAAAUUCACAUUAAUUUA